GACAGCCUCGAGUGGCAAAUGGUUCUGGGUAUCCGCGAUGAGCGAGAAACCGACGCGGACAUACCGCUAUGUUGAGAGGGUUUGUACAACUAACGAUGAAUAUAAAUAACACGCGAGAUGCAUCAACAUCUAGAGAUUGUAGAAUCGCAUCAGCAGACCAAAGAUAGAGCAUCAUACCACCUCAUCUACUAAUCACCACAAGUCACACUACUCAUUUCGCUGUCACCAUGCCUCAAAGAAUUGUCGUUGUUGGCUCGGGAUUCGCUGGCUUUUGGGCCGCCUUGUCCGCCCGCCGUCUCAUCAGCAUGGAGGUUGAGAAAGGCGCCGCGGAGAUAGAUGUCUACGUGAUCGCACCUGACGCGAACCUCGUGAUGCGGCCGCGACUAUACGAGCCUAACCCCGCGAACAUGAGCGCGCCAGUAGACGAUGUGUACCGUGCUUGUGGUGUUCGCUUCGUCUAUGGCAUCGUUGAUACCAUCCGUACCGGAGACCAUCAGGUCGAGAUGGUAGAUCGCGCGGGCGUGCGCUCUUCUGUAUCUUACAACAAAUUGAUUCUCGCAGCUGGUAGCCGUGUUGUUCAGCCUGCCAUCCCGGGGCUUAGCGACCACGCGUUCUCCGUGGACCAAUUUGAAGACGCUAUCAAGCUAGAUAGGCACCUCCAGAGCCUCGCAUCGAAGCCACCCAGCAAAGCCAGAAACACUGUUGUGGUGUGUGGUGGCGGUUUUACUGGGAUUGAAGUUGCCACUGAGCUUCCUACCCGUUUGCGCGCAAUCCUUGGCGAUGAGGCAGACAUCCGUGUCAUCACUGUGGAACGGAACCAAAACAUCGGCCAUGAUCUAGGAUCGGGACCUCGCCCUCAUAUCCUCAAAGCAUUCGAAGAUCUCAAGGUGGAGACUAAGCUAGGCACCAGUAUUACUGCAAUUGACGCCGAAGGAGUGACACUUUCUACUGGCGAGCGCAUCGAGACGCUCACUGCCGUUUGGACAGCUGGCGUGGCAGCGACCCCGCUAACCAGACAAGUGUCAGAUAAGAGGGACACUCUGGGGCGUCUUCACGUUGACCAAGACCUCCGCGUGGCAUCAGUCAAAGACGUCUUCGCAGCGGGCGAUGCAGCAGCUGCAGUGGCUGACGAGAGUGGUGGCCACUGUGCUAAGAUGUCAUGCCAACACGCUGGCCCGCUGGGCAGAGUUGCAGGCAAUAACGCUGCGGCGGAGCUCCUGGGAAUUUCUACAUUCCCGUAUUCCCAGCCUGUAUAUCGGGUGUGCGUUGACCUCGGUGCCGCAGGUGCUGUCGUUGGCAAAGGUUGGGAGAUUGAGGUUCAAUAUCUGGGCGAAGAUGCAAAGCCCAUCAAGCAGUUCAUCAAUACCACCCUGAUCUAUCCGCCCAAGGCAGUUGCCGCUGAGGCCUUUGCCGCGGCUAGCCCUGCAUUCGACGGAAGUGAUCCUGCGAUUAACCACCCAUCUCUGGGCGCUUUCAUGCAAGAUCAUGGGGUGCCGCUAGCAUAGGAAUUUGGGCCUUGGGGUUUGGGGUUUGCAUAGAGUAGACUGUGUAGAACUAGGAUAGAUAGAAUUCUUUAAUUCUUAGACCCAUACCCAUACUAUCUCUGAUUAUAGCAGCGGCUUCCAUUUUGACAGUGACUAUCUCAAACCUUAUCUUCCGAAAAACUACUUCCUCUUCCAGCCCACAAUCUCUUCGUUUGUUGUUACGACUCGUCCCUAAUAGCCUGCUUUACUUGCGCAGUCAUUCAGGGGUGUGGAGCAACCUUCCCAGCAACGGGAGAUGAGUCAGAAACGUGGUCGCCCACAUGGCAUUGGCAUGUUCCGGUAUAACUUAUUGCCUAAAUAAGUGAGCAUACCUUUACUAAGUAAAAGAAAAAGGGGGAAAUGAGUAAUACGCCCGCAUAUCAAUUUUCGCGUAUUGAGUGCUGAAGACUAUCCAUUUAGUACAUAUCAUCUCAGCCUCGAACUCGUCCAUCUGCAUCAGUGCCGUUGUUUAACUGGGUUUCGACACAGGGGACAUACAG